AUUGAUUUUAUAACAACUGCAGUACUUAUAAUUUUGACACCACUUAUCAAAUUUUUUGGAUCCGUCGCUGCUAACUUGCAACCAUGAAGCUUGAUACAAGUGGUCUUGAAUCGUUCCCUUCACUGAUUUCACAUGGAAACGAUGUCGCCGGAGAAAUCUCCGCACCUCCAUCAUUCGAACUUCCCAAUUCCAACAAUUUCGAUGGGUUCCUUAAAGAAGCUAUUCAGAUGGUGAAACCCGCUAAGGGUACUACGACUCUUGCUUUUAUAUUUAAGGAGGGUGUUAUGGUAGCUGCUGAUUCUCGUGCUAGCAUGGGAGGAUAUAUAUCAUCACAGUCUGUGAAGAAAAUUAUUGAAAUCAAUCCCUACAUGCUUGGGACAAUGGCUGGAGGUGCUGCUGAUUGCCAGUUUUGGCAUAGGAAUCUUGGCAUCAAGUGUCGCUUGCAUGAGUUGGCAAAUAAAAGAAGAAUUUCAGUAACAGGAGCCUCAAAGUUACUUGCAAAUAUUUUAUACUCUUACCGUGGAAUGGGGUUAUCUGUUGGUACCAUGAUUGCUGGAUGGGAUGAGACGGGUCCUGGUCUAUAUUAUGUUGAUAGUGAAGGAGGAAGACUUAAAGGCACCAGAUUCUCUGUAGGAUCUGGUUCACCAUAUGCUUAUGGUGUAUUGGACAGCGGGUACAAAUAUGAUAUGUCAAUUGAGGAAGCUUCGGAAUUGGCUCGACGAGCAAUUUAUCAUGCCACAUUUCGUGAUGGUGCUAGUGGUGGAGUUGCUAGCGUUUACUACGUGGGACCAACUGGAUGGAAGAAAUUGUCUGGUGAUGAUGUUGGUGAACUUCACUACCAUUACAAUCCAGUUACCCCAAGCACCAUUGAGCAAGAAAUGGUUGAGGCUGCUGCAACUUGAUUCAGUAACUCAUGGAUAUCGUUGAGUUUUCUGUACUUCUCUGCAUAUUUUGAAUCAAUUGCAUGGACCUGAUUUAUAUUCCAAACUGUCAUCAAAGUUUUAUGUAUACACAAGUGCUGAUCUAUUCUCUCAUGUUGUGUAAUGUGGAAUAGUUUAACUGGGAAAAGGAUAUUGCAAUGCAUGUUUGAUGUAGAA